UAAUGUGUUGAUGUUUGUUGGGAAGUAAUUGAGUGUGGAAAGUACGUAAUGUUCGCCCUCUGCUUCUCCAUUUAAAGGGUAAAUAACACUAUUAAUGUAUUUAUAUAAUAAGGAAUAAACUAAAUCCAAAACCAACGAUCAAUCGCAUUGAGAACAUCUAAGAUAAUCGGAACUACGUGCUCCGACUAUCGCACAAAAAUACAUCAACACGCCAAUACUUGCGCUACUUUCCUUACAAGCAAAGAAAAAAGUGAAAUGAGCAAUGCCAUCGACGAUCAUCUAAGACUAGGCCUGUAUGUCAUGGCGCGCAUUACCGAAGAACAACAGUUAUUCCGCUUUGUUCACGUUGUUCCAACGCCUAUUUUUAUCGAGCAAAGACUGGUUUUGCGGCCGCUGCUUCUUUCUCGGUCUCAUCAUCAUCAACACAAAUUGUAGCAUCUUUUCGACAAAAUAUACGCGUUUGAGUUUGAGGAAGAUCAGAGUAGUGGAGUCGCGUUAAAAUUGUCGUCCUUUUAACGGAACCGUUCUUGAAAUGUGUUCUUUCGUUGCCGUGAAAAUUUUCGUGGUGUUGGGAUUGAUUGAGACAUGUUUGGCGGGAAUAGGAACACCUCCAAGGGUAGAAGAGAAACCGCUACUUCUUGAAUCCUACAUACCAGCCACGAUGCAGAUUUUAGCCUAUUUGACAGAAAUGAUGAAGUACGAUUUAAAACCUUCAACAACGCCAUCUUACGGUCCAACGACAACGUCGACAAUGCGGCCUACGCCUUAUCAUCGACCUGCGAUCUAUGCUCCUCUGAAACCGCCCGGACCUGAAGCUUACUUCCAAUCAGUCCAAAAAAGAAAUACCUACCAAGAAUAUGUCGACAGCUUAAAACGUCCCAGUGGGCUCAACUAUUUUGACAGAUACAAUCAGGAUUUCAAUGGAGACACUGAAGGGGUCAGUAGAUCGUCAAAGAGUUUUGACGUUAAUGGUAAUGACGAUAUUUUAGAAGGUGUAGCUACAUAUUUUGGAAGAAACUUUAUCGAUACAUUGAAAUUAGUGAAAGAUAUCGAAAAAGAUGUGCCAAACGAUAUCGAUGAGCAAUCGCAAGAGUUUUUGAAGAAAUAUGACGACACAAAUUUUAGGACCGAAUUGUUAAGGCAAAAGCAAGUUCCUCCAACAAGAGCAUAUGUAAGCCUUCUAUCUUUGUAUGACAUGCUUAACAAGGAAUCAAAGCGAUUGGGAUUAAGCAAAUAUAAUGGGUACACAGAACAAAUUUUAAGAGAAUUAGCAGACACAUCGAGUAAUACAUCAGCAUACCAACUAAAGAUAGUUUUUAAAAGAGUCAUAGAUAGACGUGACUCCUCCAGACAAGAUAUUGUAAAUAAAAUCAAACAAUUGAUUAAAGAUCUAGACGAUUCUAAUAGCUACUUAAAUUUGGCACUCAAAUAUAUUCCCCCACUUGUUUUUUCAUUGUAAAUGUAAUGUUUUAAGACUGUAUUUGUAUAUUGAUAACAAAAAUGUUUUGUUAUUGAAAAUAAAUUUUAAUUUAAACAAUAGUUUCUUCUUGAAAAUAUCAUAUAUUUGGGCAACAACAUAUACUUAACAAAGUAAAUUCCAAACUAACUUUUUAUAUAAUUUAAUAAAUAAAAUUAUAUAAACAUAAACAUUAAAACUUUACAUAAUGUACAGCUGGAUAUUAAAAAAUAAUAAUUUUAGGCAAUAUUAUCUACGAGUCUUACAACCUCUGGUAUACUUUCCAACUUAUCAUACAAGUUUUUGCAUACUUCUAAUUCAUCAUCUUGCAAAUUCUGCAAUUUCUGAGGUAUAUAUUCCACUUCAGCACUGGUCACUUUAUAACCUAAUUUUUCUAGUUCUUGAACAACUUGGUUUAGGUUCGUUUUGCCACAAGUGAAUUGUAUAAAAUUAUUUUCUAUGAUUUUGACAUCUUCAGCUCCUGAUUCAAUGGCAUGAUCUGUGACUUGUUCUAUAAUUUCUGCUUCUGCUUUGCCAGCUAAAGAAGGAUGUUCGGUAUCUAUCUGACCCUUUUCUUGAAAUAGAUGUAGGCCUCCACCAUCACUCCAUCUUGAU